GCUCCUAAUAUCAGAGCUGAAUCGAUCCAAAGCAGUUGCAAAGCCCGAUUUCACACACCUUGAUUCAGUAAUUUACCGCGAGCAGAGCUAUUCGGGCGUUUUUACUAGGAAACUAUGGAGACCAAAUCUCGAUCGUGUGCGAUAGCUUCAGUAGUCCUGCUAGUGCUGCUGGGAUGUGCUCUAGGUGAAAGUAACAUAUUCGAAGGCAGCCAACAGGAAGUGGACGUUAAGAAGUUCCUGUCGGAAAUUUGUGAUAACAGCUCGCCGUUGAUGAGCGUCACGGUGAAAUCAUUCGAUGUAGACCACAGUGACCGUAGUUUGGAACACGUUUGCAAGGAAGGUAACCAUGGCCUACUGCUGUGGGUCAAGUCUACGCACUUUGCUGACCUACCGGAGUUGGAACCCGGCUUGAAGUACGUCGGCAGGGCAGCUUUCGAUGAGGAAUUCAACGGGUUCUGUACCUAUGAUCUUUCAACGCAGGUUUGCUCUAAUGGGGAUGGUGAAGUGUCUGCACCGGUGGUGAUCCUUGGCGAAAAGUAUCCCGAAAGAUACGAGCUGCGUGACAUGGUCUUCAAGAAAUGGACCAAUUCGACCCGCCUCGGUUCGCCUAUUCUAGCCUACGCUACGCUGAAAAACCGCGAUACAGCAUACAAGUACAUCGACCAGGAUAUUUCCUACCUAUCGGAUAUGCGAAUGGAGUUCCAGCUGCCAGCGACAGUUAUAGCCAGUCUGCCACUUUCCGUCUAUCGGGGUAAAGUGGAAACGUACAAAACUAUUUCUGGCGAAACGUACUACGGCCGGAGUUUCAAGACCAUCAACGCCGUUCGCUACAUGAGUCCGGCCACGAUCAUCAACGUCACCGUCGUCGGUACCGAGGAGCGGGCCUACCGGGAAUUCCGUGGAAAGCUGGUCAGCAUCUACACCGACGAGGAAGGCUUCGGAUGGUCCCGAUCGCUAUUGUCAGUUGAAGGAGCGUCGAUCGAAACCACCCUGACGGAAACCCACGUCGAAUACGGUGUGGUAGCGAAUUUGUACGACGAAUCUCAACUGCAACCGGGAGCGCCAACCCUGUCGCCGAGCAUUCCCCACACGGACCACAAAUACCCGGGGCAAUCCAACUCACCCAAGGCGGAAGGCAUUCACAUCCACAUCAGCGAGACCGAGCUGAACCAGGUUUAUCCGGGAUUCCGUAACAUUGCCAUCGGUGCCGCUAUCCUAUUUUUCUCCGUCGUUGGAAUCGCCCUGCUGGACAUCAUCCGUCGAGUUUUCAAUAAUCGUCGUGCCAAACGGUUGCGCCUCGGAAAAUACAGCAAGGUCAACGGAAGUUAAGCGGAAGGUGGGAUUUCUUUUGCGCUCUAUCCAAUAGGUGGCGUAGCUUCAUGCUUCAUGCGUUAGUAAAUUAUAGUCUUUAAUUAAAUACGUAUAAAUAGCGAAUAUUAUUGCCAUUCUUGUUCAUCCUAAUUUCAUUCUAAGUUUUAAUAAAUAGUUACACGUUAU